AUGUAUUCAACUGGUUCUUCUUUUUCAACUUCAUUGGCCAUAGGUGAUUUAAACAAUGACAAUCGCCUAGACAUUAGUGUAGUUAACAAUGAUAUUAACAGCAUAAGUAUCUUACUUGGUUAUGAUGAAGGCUUUGCUAAUCUAACAACGUAUUCAACUGGUUCCCUUCCAAAUUUUGUAGCCGUUGGUGAUUUCAACAACGAUGCUCGUUUGGAUAUGGUUAUCACUAACCAAUAUGAGAAAACUGUAAGUGUAUUUCUUGGAUAUGGCGAUGGUUCUUUUGCAAAUCAAAUGACAUAUCCUACUGGUACUUCGCCAUAUUCUGUAGCUGUCGCUGAUUUAAAUAACGACACUCGAUUGGAUAUUGUGGUUGCCAAUAAAGAUGACCAGGAAAUAGGUGUACUUCUCGGAUAUGGUAAUGGUUCUUUUGCCAAUCAAAUACCAUAUUCAACUGUCUCUUCGACUAAUCAAAUACCAUAUUACAAUGGCUCGCAGCCAUACUUUGUAGCUGUUGCUGAUUUUAAUAAUGACAAUAGAUUAGAUAUUGUCGUCGUGAAUAAGGGUGAUAAUAAUGUAGGUAUAUUUCUCGGAUAUGGUAAUGGUUCUUUUGCUAGGCAAACAACAUAUUCAACGGGCUCUGAACCUUACUCAGUUGCUGUUGGUGAUUUCAAUAAUGACGCACGAAUGGAUAUAGUCGUUACUAAUUCCAAUAGCAGCAGUAUUAGUGUACUUCUUGGAUAUGGCAAUGGUUCUUUUGAAAAUCAAAUGACGUAUUUCACCGGCUCUAUGCCAUGCUCUGUAGCUGUUGGUGAUUUUAAUAACGAUACACGACUGGAUAUCGUUGUUGUUAAUCAACUGUCUCGUAAUGUAGGAAUACUUCUCGGAUAUGGAAAUGGAUUAUUUGCAAAUCAAGUGACGUUAAUGACAAAUCUUUAUUCACAGUAUGUAGCUGUUGGUGAUUUCAACAAUGACUCUCGACUGGAUAUUGUCGUCACUUAUAGAUAUGACGACAUUGUAGGUGUAUUUCUUGGAUAUGGUAAUGGUUCUUUUGCUAGGCAAAUAACAUAUUCAACUGACUCUGAACCUUACACUGCCGCUGUUGGCGAUUUCAAUAAUGACACACUACUGGACAUCGUUGUUACUAAUUUUGGUAGUAAUGAUGUGGGUAUACUGCUUCAUUAUAAUAGAGGAAAUCUUAUAAACAAGGGAGCAUUUUCAUCUAGUGAUGGUUCACAUAUACGUAGUAUUGCCACCACUGAUUUUAACAAUGACAGCCUAGUAGAUCUUGUUAUUGCUAAUUACGGCACUAAUAAUAUACUUUUACUCAAUGGAAAUGGAGAUGGAACUUUUGACAGAAACAUGCUCCUUCCAAUAGGCUUAGAUUCGCAUCCGUAUGCGAUCGUUAUUGAUGAUUUCAAUAACGACGCUGAGUUGGAUAUUACGGUGGUUAAUCAUGGUACUAAUAAUGUUGAUAUUUUUCUUGGAGAUGGAAUGGGCAGGUUUGCACAUCAAACAAAUUAUGGGGAUAGUUUUGAUUCUCCUCCAUUUAUUGUUGUCACUGGCGAUUUAAACAAUGACGGACGAUCGGAAAUUAUUGUCGCAUAUAAUGACACUGAUAAUGUACAUAUAUAUGUUCCAUAUGACACAAGCUCUUUUUGGAAUCAAAAGACCUAUCGAACUGGCUUUGAUCCAUACUCUAUAACAGUUGGUGAUUUCAAUAAUGAUUUCCUAUUAGAUAUUGUUGUUGUUAAUAGGAAUGACAAUAAUCUAGGUGUAUUUCUCAAAUAUGCUAAUGGCACGUUUGCUACUCAAAUGACAUAUUCAACUGGCGCUGCUCCAUACUCUGUAGCUGUUGGUGAUUUCAACAAUGAUUCCCGACUGGAUAUGGUUGUUGCUAAUAGAAAUGACAAUAAUCUAGGUAUAUUUCUCGGAUAUGGUAACGGCAAUUUUACUACUCAAGUGACGUAUCCAACAAAUUCUUUUCCAGGAUUAAUCAGUUGGCCGUGCUCUGUAGCUGUUGGUGAUUUUAACAAUGACACACGACUAGAUAUUGUCGUCGCCAAUAGCGCUGCCAAUAACAUAGGUAUAUUGCUUGGAUAUGGUAAUGGCUCGUUUGCAAAUCAAACAAGUUAUUCAUCUAGCUAUUCACCACAAUCUGUACUUGUUGGUGAUUUCAACAACGACAUCUGCUUGGAUAUUGUCGUUGUUAAUUUUGAUAGCGAUAGUAUAGGUGUAUUUCUCGGAUAUUGUAAUGGUGGUUUUGAUGAUCCAAUAACAUAUUUAACCGAUCGUUUUUCUUACCUACUCUCUAUAGCUAUUGGUGAUUUUGAUAAUGACACACGAAUUGAUAUUGUUGUUGCUAAUAAUGGCUACAACAAUAUAGGUGUACUUCUCGGUUAUGGCAAUGGCUCGUUUGCAAAGCAAAUCACGUAUUCCAUUGGCUUUAGACCAACAUCUUUAGCUGUUGGUGAUUUCAACAAAGACAAUCAAUUGGAUAUCAUCGUCAUUUGUUCUAACGACAUCAAUGUACGUAUACUUCUGGGACAUGGUAAUGGUUCUUUUACAAAUCAAGUGACAUAUUCAAUAGGAUUCUUGCCCAUGUCGAUAGUCAUUGGGGAUUUCAACAGAGACACUCGUUUAGAUAUUGCCGUAACUAGUUCAGAUAGUAACAACGUACACGUACUUCUUGGACGCGUCAACAUAGUUUUUGUUAAAAAGAUGAUGCUCAAUACAAGUCUUGGUUCUCGGCCGCGAUCAUUCGUUAUUGGACAUUUUAAUAAUGAUGAUCGAUUAGAUAUCGCUAUUGCUAAUUCAGGCACUGAUAAUAUAGGAAUCUUUCUUGGAAAUGAAAACUUUUAUUUUACAAAUCAAACGAUGUAUGAAACUGGUUCUAAUUCUCGUCCAUAUUCUUUAGCGGCUGGUGAUUUCAACAACGAUACUCACGUGGAUAUAGUCGUCGCUAAUUAUGAUAGUAGUACUGUUGGUAUAUUUCUUGGAUAUGAUCAAUUAAGCAUGGACACAUCAGAUACAUUACUAUCUACGCAUCAUCAAGGUCGAAUUGAUGCUACUACUAAUCGAAAAUCAUCUUCAAUCGAUCGUCAAUUUCAUAUCAGUUUACGAAGUGGAAUUCGUUUUGAGACAUUCAAAUCUACUCUGGAAGCCUAUCCAAAUACAUUGCUAGGGAAUGUUAAACGACGCAAAUAUUAUUAUGAUAAUAUUCUUAAUGAAUAUUUCUUUGAUCGUCAUCGAGGAUGUUUUGAAGCUAUUCUCUAUUAUUAUCAAUCGAAGGGUCGAUUACGUCGACCAAAUUCAGUACCACUCGAUACAUUUCUUGAAGAAAUCAUAUUUUUUGAUUUGGGUCAAGAUGCACUUGCUCAAGUACGCAAAGAUGAAAAUUUGAAAGAGGUUGAAAAAACUCAAUUACCUCGAAAUCGUUGCCGUCGUAUUUCAUUAUUACGCGUUCUUCGAUGUGCUCGUAUAUUUAAAUUUUAUCGAAUUUUUAAAAACAUCAAAACCAUACGUGUUCUUGCCGUGACAGUAAAAGAAUCGAUGCCUGAUUUUCUUAUUUUGGCAAUCACAUUGACGCUAAUGGCCUUUCUCUUUGGUGCGACUGUCCACUUCAUUGAGAGUACAAAUGGUAAUUCGAUUUUCGAUUCCAUACCGAAAGCUACCUAUUGGGGUAUUGUGACAAUCACUAGUGUUGGCUAUGGUGAUAUGGUACCGAUCACCGCUCUUGGACGUCUGACUGCUGUUCUAUGUGCAUUGACUGGUGUAGGUACUAUUGGUAUGCUUGUCUCAGUUCUGGUCGAUCGGUAUCAACGAGUAUAUACACGUAAACUCUACAUUCAACCCGAGCAAAUUGACUUCAACGAUUACUCCGAUGAAGAAAAUGAGGAUCUAGAAACAGAACAUGGAAAUUCCUGUAAUGAUUCUCUCAUCCUUCAUACCAACGACAAAAAGGAAUAUGAUACUGAAACAAGUGUACCGACUUCACCAUCAUCAUCGCUUCAAUCAUCAAAUGCAAUAGGUCAGAGUAAUCCUCGAUGCCAUUUCAUGGACAACUAUGAGAAUAAUGCUAAUGAGGUAGCACAGACAGUGUUCGAUGAAAUCAAAUUAAUUGCGUCGAGACAACAAUUUGAUAGUCUUAUUAUCUCGGAAACUGUCGAUGUGGACAAGAAUAGUACCGAUGUGUUGACAACCAUUACUAGCAAUGCUGCUAUUUAG